AUGAUGUCAUCCUCAACGAAUUCCUCCCUCGUUCAGCAGCGUUGCGUAAAAUGUAAUUCCCUGUGGAAACAAGAAAUGGAUGGGGAUCUGUUUUGGGCUAUAGAACGACGUCCGGGCCCACCCGCUGUAUCAAGUCAGUAUUUUUAUCCUCCCGGACAAGUGUGGCACAAAUCUGUUGAUCCCGAUGUUAUCAAAGCCUUGGUUGGCACUAGAGCAGUUUCGAACCAUCGAUUGAUCGUGCAGUCUAAGUCGGACCUCUUACCGAGUGCGCUUCAAAGGUCUCGGCAGUGA